UCGGUAUUACCUCCUGAUAAUUCUCAGGAAAGAAAAGCAUUCCUAUAGUGUAUAUAUUACUCCCCUAAGCAGUCGCAGCGACCACUGCUUAUUCUUCCCCCCGUCAUUGGACGCUUGGCUUCUCCGAUCGCCGCUCUGGGCAGGCCUCGCGCGGAAAGCGUCUCCUGAGUCUUGCUUGCAACAUUCCAGGCCUGGCCUGUCAUGCUGCUGCGGUAUCUCUGAUACUAAGUAUACUGCGUCUCUCCCUCGGGCUCGAUAUUCGCAUGAUUAUUUGCAUCCAACUUCCAUCGAACUUGCAUUUUGUCCGACGCGGCGGAGCCAAUAAGCUAACCAACACACCAACCUCUCUGCCGGCAAGCUGACGGGCGCAUCGCUUUAGCUGUGUAAAUUUUCUUCCGGCCCUGAAAAAGAUCUCGCGCUUAAUCCUGCCAUGCCAGUCCUCCGACCGGGCAGGUUGAGGACCAUCCUCUCCGUCGCCGGCGCAUUGAUCCUCAUUUGCACCGUUUAUUUCAACUGGACCCCCACUCCAGCCUCCGUCGUCCCCAGUACGGCCUUCGAAGUCCCCCUCACAGAACGCCAACAUGUCUUUUGGAAGGUCCUCAAGCCGAUUCUCGAGACGCACGAACCGAAAUGCCCUCCUCCCAACCUGCUGAACCCCUCCGGCGCCAUCGGUUACAAUGCCACGACCACCGAGCCCCGACCGGACCUUGUCGAACUCGUCGGCGACAAUGACCUGACAAUCUUGGAGGAGGCCCAUGCAAGCUACGUCCAGAAUAUCACCGAGUCGAAGAAAUUACGCCCCGUUCAUUCCCCGGGGACCCGUGGCAUCGUGUCGACGGCGGGAGGCUCCUAUCUUCCGGUCUUUCUGUCGUCGCUGCGCAUGCUGCGCCGCACGGGGUCCACUCUGCCCGUCGAGGUAUACGUGAAGGAUAAGAAUGAAUAUGAGAAGAAGAUCUGCGAGGAUCUGCUGCCCGAGAUGAACGCACGGUGUUUGGUUCUGUCCGACGUCGUUGGCACUGACGCCAUCGAACACUACCAGCUCAAGGUCUUUGCGAUUCUAUUCUCGUCCUUCGAGGAGGUCGUCUGGAUGGACGCCGACUGCUUUCCGCUAGACAAGCCCGAGAUCUUGCUCAACCACGAGCCUUUCCAAUCCACCGGCAUGGUCAUUUGGCCCGACUUCUGGGCCUCCACGGUCUCGCCGCUCUACUACAACAUCUCCCGGCAACCGAUGCCGUCUAUGGCGGAACGACAGUCCUCGGAGACCGGAGAGAUGCUCAUCUCGAAAAAGACGCACUAUCGGACGCUGUUACUGGCCGCUUAUUACAACUACUACGGGCCGUCGCACUACUUCCGGCUUCUGUCGCAGGGGGCCCCCGGCGAGGGUGACAAGGAAACCUUCCUGCAGGCCGCAUCGGCGGUCGGCGAGCCGUUCUACGCCGUCAGCGAGCGCGUCCAGGCCAUCGGCCACCCCAAGGAGGAGGGCGGGAUUGCCGGCUCGGCCAUGGCGCAGUCGGACCCCAUCGCCGACUUCGCCAUGACCAGCCAGGGUAAAUGGCGCGUGAAGGACCCCUCGGUGGACCGCGCGCCCCGCGUGUUCUUCAUCCACGCCAACUACCCCAAGUUCAACCCGGCGGAGAACGUGUUCGGCAACAAGUGGGAGACGGCGCCGACUCUGCGGCCGGACGGCACGGACGGCCGUGCCUGGAUCGUGCCGGAAGACGCGCUGAAGCGGUUUGGAUCGGACGCCGAGCGCGCCUACUGGGAGGAGAUCAAAUGGGUCAGCUGCAACCCCGAGGUCGAGUUCAAGACGUGGACCAACAAGCCGGAGACGUGCGAGAACGUCGUGGGCUACUGGCACAAUGUGUUUGCGGAGCCGCAUGAAAACGACCCCAAGUUCUUCGAGGAGGGUUGAUCAAUCAAUUCGACUCUUGACGUCAUGAACCAGAAGAAAUCGCUGUACCAAAUUCAACCAACCCUACCACCCGAGACACUACCCACAGACAACACCUGGACGUGAAAAGUAGGAGCACCCCCCUUCCCUGUACAGUGGAUGCCACCGACACUGGGCCCUGCCUCCAGUGCAUGAUCUGCAUGCCGAUUACGAGACAACGACCUGGAAGAAAGGUUCCCAACAUAUCUUCGUUCUAUUUGAUUCUUGAUGUAUAAUACUUCUAAUACGGACAUAGACCGAUCAACUACUUUCUACUUUCUUAACCCUCCAUCCAUUUAUCCUACUCUCAGAAAAUAACAAUAUGAAUGAAU